UCUUUAUAACAUUGUGAACAAGCAAAAUAAGACCACUUAUGUUACGAAGAUUGUUAAAUAAUUGAUCGCAAUAACUUACCGUCAAGAUGUGUUUAAAAUACUUUCAAACGAAUAAAUUGUGUUAUUGUUUACCACAGCGAUACAUAUUAUUUGUAUGGGGAUAUACAAUUCUGAUCUUCAAUUUAAUAAAUCUGUUCAUCGUAAGCUUCUUUGGAUUUAUGGCGAUAAGUGACCAUGCUCUAACCAACAUUAGGAAUAUGGUGUACAUUCUACUGAUUUUAACUGAACUAGUUGUCAUGGUUCUGCUCAUCGCUGGAGCACAUACCGAAAACCUGCAGAUCUUGAAACUAUACCACAUUGGUUUCAUAGCAAUAUUUAUCCUGUUCGUAUUAUAUAACUUGGCCAUCGGUCUAUAUACAAGCUAUUGGCUGUAUCAAUAUUACCAGAACAACGAGAAAAUCGUUUUAAACUAUUUCACCAUUUGGACUAAUGCGUUUCCCGUGGCGAUUUUAUUUCUACAAGUUUAUAUGAACUCAUACGUCCUUCUACUGGUCAAGAAUGAAAUAGAAAAGUUAAAACCUAAUACUGACGUCGAGUUAUCGAACGUAGGCUCUCCUCGUCGGCCAGAAGUUGCUGGAUACUCCGAAAACAGAAGUAGAGUUACCACAAACUCCAACCGAUAA